AUGGCUGCCUUGGUCCAGACCUACCCCCAACAGACUAGCACCGUUACCGUUCUCCAGGCUAGGCCGACAGCCAACAAUAUGCUUCCCUCUCAAGCUCAUGCUAACCAGCAAUACAUGGCUGGCCAGCAGGCUCAGAGAAACUUCUCAGGCGGUAUGGCGGGUUCCUCUGCCUAUCGGGGCAGCGUUGGGCCCAUCCAGCCCUAUGUGUUCACAAGUGCUCCCAACCAGAACACGAACGUCUCGUAUCAACAAUACGGGGGCUACCGAACGGCAUCCUCUCCUGCUGUGCCCACGACACAGAACAUGACCUACGCGCACGAUCCCAGGUCCAGAUACGCAGCCAGCGGCCCCGUUGCAUCGUACAAUAACUCCAUGGGUGCUGGGAAGAGUGGCUCGAGGGAUGACUCGUCUAUCCCCCAACCCCGAACCAUCCAGCCUGCCCCGCGGCCUCAAUCGGCAUACCUGACAGGCGCGCCCAUGCAAAUGACGUUUGCUCAAGCCGCCGCAAUGCGGCCAGCCCCUGAUAGAUACAGGCGCCCAAGUAUCCAGCAGCAACAGCAGGUCCGACAGCACAGCGCCGGUCCCUCGGGCUCUGGCAUGGCCGCCAUCGGUCACCACUACAGCGCUCAUGGCACAACCGAUAGGACGAACGCUCCCGUCGUCGGCUCCCGUCGCCCUGCAGCCAACAAUCGACCCAGUAGUUAUUACAACCCUGCUGACGAUCUGCAAUUGAAUCGCCAGGCCGCUGAGGACGCCAAGCGUCCCAGGCGACGCAGCGUCCACACGCUCGAUUCUGCCGACCAGCCUAAGUCUUUAGCCCCACAAGAGGUGGCGCCAACCCAAGAGCGCGUCCCAACACCCAAGAAUGGCAAAAAUGGGGAACAGAAAUCCCUCCGCCUUGUGCCUGGUGAAGCCAGCACCCACAUUCGCAAUGGAAGCUCUGAAAGCCUCGUUUCCAGCCGGAGCAGUCACUCUCGACCAACAUCAUCCGCCAACCGCAACGUACCAGCCCCCACUGGCAACCCCUCCUCCUUGUCCAUCACUUCGAAUCCUGAUGAAGGGUCAGUGAAGCAAGACCACCCCAAACUUGUCAACAUCCCUCCCCGAAACUCAUCGUCAGAUGCUUCCAAACGUACCCUCAACCCGUCCCCCCUCUCCAGACCGGUGACCAUGGGCGACACGGCUGCGCAGAAGACGGCUUCCCCUUCAGGCGAAACUCCGCAGCAAUCGGCGACCAACAUGAGCAGCCCAGCUGCCCAGCACCUGGCGGCUAUCAACCAGAAGGGUGCCAGGUCGAAGAGCAAGACGUCGAGGCUGCGACGAGCCUUCUCUUUUGGCAGUGCCGCUGAUUUCAAGAAGGCUGCCGAGCCCAGCGGCGAAGCGACUGCUGAUGCUGCCGCCACAGACAAGACCGAGCCGUCCCGUCUGCACAAGGAGCCUAAUGCGGACGAGCUCUACGAUGCGGAGCAAGCUGCGAUCGCGAAGAAGCAGGAGGAGGGCGGUCUCGGCAACAGUAUCUAUGGUGGAAGAUUCUUUACUGGUUCUACGGACAACCUGUCCGUCUCUUCGACGGCGUCGUCGGCGUCCAUCAUGAUCCGGAAGAUGGGCCGUGGGAUGAAGAAGAGCACUCGCUCGCUGGUCGGACUAUUUAGGCCCAAGUCCGUCGUUGGAGUGCCUGCUGCGGACGGCCCCCUGACGCCCGAGGGCAGCCAGGCGGCCGUGUCGAUGAUCACAGUUGAGGCUGAGAGAGUCAAUGUCAACCCUGAUCCCAAGGCCCAGAACGGCGGCGGCACUGGCUUCCCGCACCUGGAGCGUAACUCGAUGGAUCUCUCCAACGCACCCAGCAUGGUCUCUGAACGAGAGCGGUUGGGAAGUUCCGGCACAGACAACUCUGGCAAUCGCAAGAGCAUUGUUGGGGGAGAUCGUGAACGCGCCGAGGUCUUGGCUGCCGUCCGCAAGGGCAUUCUCAAACACAAUGCUGGCGCCGCUAGCCCAGCACGCGAGAAAGGUUCGCCUUUCGAGCUCCCUGUCAUCCCAACCGUAUCGGAUUCGCCCAUAUCGAGCGCCCCCAGCACGCCCAACGAUGAGACGCCUGGCCACAAGCGCACAGGGUCCGUUGCCAUUGGCAGCGAAGAUUACUUUGUCUCGGCACUGAGGCUUCGUCAGGAUACAAAGAGUGCACCGACGACUCCUCAGGGGUCUGCUAGGCGAAAUGCCACCUUUUCGCCCAGACUCAUCUUCCACGACACGUGGCCGAGCGGCGAGUACGAUCGCAGGGGUGACAUUGCCACUUGCAACCGCCUCACGCCCAUGCUGGCGCAGCAAAUCAAGGAGGAGCUCAACUCGUUCAAAAUGGAAAUGGAGGUCCACGAGAACUCGAAGAUUUAUACGCACUUCUUCUAACGACGGCUACGCCUCUUGAACAGCACGAUGAAGAAAUCUUGUCAGCAUUCUGCUUCUUGAUGAGGGGCUCUGGACCUGAUUCAUGUAUUCGCACCUCAUUUUCAUUCCGUCCAAGGCGUUUGGGGUCAGCAUAGUACGGUGUCAGGGCGUUUUUCCUUAUCAAAUUCAUUUUCCUC